AUGUCUAUCUGUCGGCACGUCUGCCGGAGGGCUUGCCAGCAGCAGGAUGGCCCAAUUGCCAAUCACGUCUGGAUUAGCGAUGCCCUCCUAACUCGCUCAUUUACCGAGUUUACAAGAACUCAACGGCGCUAUGGCAGCAAUGUUCCCGGCCCUCUCGAAGCGAGACGACGACUUGCGAAAAGGAGAAACGCUGAUUUGGCGAUGGCUGGGUAUGGUGGAGCUGGCAUUGACCCUGCCAUUCUCUUUGGACAGAACCCAGAAGGGCACAAGCAAUUCGAGUUUCCAUUCGGAUCGUUCUUGUCCGGACAGGAUCCGUCGACAACUCCCGCGCAAACGUUGAAUGCACCGCCGUUCCUCUCCCCCGACUUGCUCAGUCUCGCAUCAACUCAGGAUUGGGAUAAAAUAUUCACCCGAGUUCUACCCAAAACGUGUUGUCUAGACGAUAUUCGAGACCUUGUUUCGUAUCUUGGCGUCGAUUUACGCAGCCACCCUCAACUCAGCCAAUUGAUUCUAAACCACAUUAUUGGGGUGUAUCGUAAAGGAACAUGGCCCCUGACCCAAAUCAGCGACUUCCUCGGCGAUCCCUAUCUAAAUCCGCGGGGUUCAAACAAUUUUGUGGCUGUGGUACGGGCUUUGGUCUCUAAGCCAGGCACAAAACUCGAGGUGGAAGCUAUAUUUCAGAUGUUGAGGUUUCAGCUCUCUCUUGGCUUGGUGCCUCGGCAUGAGAUACCAUUAAUGCUGAAGCUAGUUCCGCGGAUUAGGACUUCCGAUAUACGACCGGAAAGCCCCGGCGUCUUGCACACAUUCUGUUUCGAGGCCAUAUGGCAAGGAAUCGAAUUGUGUUCUGUGGUGCAGCCUAAGGAUCUUGGGAAUAGAACACUAUCUUCAUGGUUAGGCCUUCUCUCAAGGGGAAACGCGACCGGACGAUCAGCAUUACUUAGCAAGGACAUCAUUCGUCUUCUGGCAGGUUCUCGAGCAUCCUAUUCUCCUGGACUACAGACGGUUUCGUUGCAGAUCGUUAAGCUUAUCGCCACACACACUAAAUCCGCGGCGCUCAUUUAUUGGAAACACUUCCGCAAUUUUAUUCAAUACUUUAACGAUGUUGGGAAUCUGUUCCCUAGUCGGCUUCUUAUGGAUUCAAUCUUUCGGGUCACCAAAUCCCUAUUGUUUUCACGACAGUAUCGCAAAACACGACGAAAGCUUCUGCGGAUUUGGAGUGAUAUAUUAGAGCAUUCCAAUCUGAGUUUUUUACUGCACGAAGCUCACUGGGACUUUUCCCGUCAAGGCUGGUUAUCUUCUCGUAUGACGCGGAAAACGCCUAGGGCCAGACUGUCCCGUAAUAGAGAACACCGCUUGAUGAGAAAGGAAUGGCUUUUGCGACUAUGGCUUGUUAAGAUUCUUGAUCGCAAAGCUCGUGUUGAACGACGCCGGAGGCAACUGUUCGGAAAACUUUUGGCCUACGACAAACGAUUACGAGGCCCAAGGCCGAAGGUCGACCUCGUCUCUUAUCUAGAUAGGUCUAUGCAAAUGCUCGGCGGGUUGGGUCUCCCUCAUGCAGAUGCUGUUUCAAUAACAAGCACGCAGAUGAGAUAUGAGCGAAGGAUGCUGAACUAUCCGCAUAUACCCAAAAACGCCAUCCAGGCGUUGUCUCGAGUAGAACUCAGUGGUUUACGUUCAAAUGUAUUUCAGGAGAAUGACCCAAAUAGGCUUCUCGAAGACGAGAUGUUCUGUUACUGGGAAGAUAUGGCAAGGAAAAUAGAUGUUACGGCUCCCGACUUUGCAAACAAGAUUCUUCUCUAUACGGAAACGAACUCACCCCUCCGUAGCGGCUUGCUCCGCAUUCUCCGUCGCCAUACUGCAUUUAAGAUCGCAUUGGCUUACUCCUGGAAUCCAUGUCGCCGAUAUUCUGAUGGGGAACCGCAUGGAGGACAGAAGUAUACUUCUGAGGGAUAUCCGGUGCUAAACCCGGCUGACUGCCUCGCAACAAUGCACAGCAUCGCGUUGAUUUUUGCGUGCUCCUCCAAACUCUCACCUCGAAACGCUUAUCGACUGACACGUUGGUGUUUUGAGUUUCUGCUUGACCACAACGCGCCCAUCACGCCCACAAUGGUUCGCGCGUUAUAUCACGCUGGCAUCUAUCGAUUUCGCGAGGCUGGUAUGUCAGUUCCUCAGGCUCGGUUUUCAUACAUCAUCAACCACGUUAGAGAAGUUGAGGGGGACGCGAUUGCAAGUGCUCUUGCAAGUGGAGUGCCCUUUGAAGUUACUUACUUGUUGGGGAAAAAUUAG